CAUGUGAAAAUUGCCAGCGAUCCUUUUCCAGAUGUGUUUACAUUUCCCAUGUUUCACAAUGCUUACCUGAAGGUUCUUCUUCAGUUUCCAACUGUCAGGUAAGAGUUAACCGUUGCUAAAUUAAUGUAAAAAGGUUAGAAUUUAUUGAUUUUCUUGAAAUGACUGAUAAAAAUUUUAAAAAUAUUUAACGAUGAAACUAUAUAAUUGACCAUAUACUUAAUAGCCUAUUAUAUAUAAGCCUAUUAACUUAUAUUAUAAUUUGAACGUUAUUUUACAGGAAGACAUUUUUGCUGAGGAAUCUCAUCAUGAAUUGCUGGAAGUAGGCCUUCCUGUGACUGAAAUUACACCAACUAAUCCCUCAACUAGUACUGAAGAAGAAACACUUUUCAUGGUCAUUAAUCUGAAUGAAAAUACCCUCCCUCUUGAUUUAACAGAAGAUACUACAGUUGUAGUAGAAAUGACACAUGAACAAGAUCUGAAUCAAAAUGAAGAGAAUGAAAGUGCCAAGGACAAGGGUUUUACCAAGAAGGGACAACCAAGAAAAAGAUCUGCACCAAAAGAAAAAGAGACACGCUCAUCAAAACAGUUACGACUAAAAGAAAAGCACGGCAUAAAACCAGCAUGUGAUGUAAACCGAUGCAAGAUGAAAUGUAUUCAAAAAAUUACAGAAGAGAGGCGAAAAAGUAUUUAUGAACAGUUUUGGUCACUAGAUGACUCAGACAGAAAAAUGUUUAUUUUAAGUUGUGUGAC